AACAUCGAGCUGAAGGUUGAAGCUGAGAGUUUGAAGAAGGAGCUGCAGGACCGACAGGAGCUUCUGAACCAAGCUCUAUCCACAGCAGAGGCUUUAUCCAAUCAGAAUGAGGCAGAGCUGCAGCGCCGCCUGGCCCAGCGCCAGCAGGAAAUCAGCCGAACCCAGGAGAUCCUAGAGACCAAAGUCCAKCUGCUGGAGAAGGAGGCCCAGCUGGCUCAGGACCGGGCCCAGAAGAUGGCCUCGCUGGCGGACUCUGCGUCCCAGCGCUGCCUGGUUCUGGAGAGGGAGAUGGUGGAGAGCGGAGGCUCUGGUGGACCACUUGAUAAAGACAGGCUGGAGGAGCUGACUCAGCAGAAACACCAGCUGAGCCUGAGGGUCCAGGAGCUGGAGGUCAAAGUUCAUGACCUCACCUCGUCUCUGAGGAGGAAGGAGCAGGAAGCUGAGGGCUCGGUUCUGGCUGCAGGAUCUGACGAGAUUUGA